CUCUUUCCUUUUCAUCGCCUCCUUCAUCACUACAGACAAGCUCAUCUUAAGCACGAACCUUCCUUGAUCCAUCCAACGUACCCUAAUUUGACACGUGUACCUUUUUGGUGUCAACGAGUCUCAGCGAACUGAUCUGAUACGACGGAUACACCAACAAGCCACAACCAUAAACCGUAUACGGAUGAUCUUGAUCUCCGGAUCUUCUUAAUUCAUUAGAAAGGGUUUCUUUCCUUAAAUCCUUUUUCAGAACUUCAGGUUUUGCAUGAACUCUCUGAACGUUGAUUACUUUUUUGGGGGAAUAAAUAAUGGAGGUGAACGAGAGUGAAAGAAAGGUAAUAGCCAAACCAGUGGCUUCAAGGCCUUCAUGCUCUAGCGUCAGGACAUUCACUGAGCUUAUCCCUGAUUCAGUUACACUAUUUCCCCAAUCGAAUUGUCACGACGCCUCCAUAAGACCUGAUCCUCUUAGGUUUAAACAGCCAGCUGCAGCUUCUGUCCCAUCACCAAAGGUGGAGGAAGGAAAUGGCAAUGGAAAGUCUUGUGAUGAUUCAGAGAGCAGAAGCUACGUCGUUUAUAAACCUAAAGCACAGCUUGUUUCCCAAGCAACCAUCUCUCUAUUGGCUAAUAUGUUUAAGGGAAAUUGUCAACAGGAUUGGAGACAAAGCCAAGCAGUAGAGUAUGGGAAGAGUGUGAGCCAAGGCACGCAUCGAGAGGGUCCUAACCUAAUCCCGAGAGUUCCAUCCUUUACGGAAUCAAAGACAUCGACAGGGGACGGAUCUUCCGAGGACGGAUACAAAUGGAAGAAAUACGGACAGAAACAAGUCAAAGGAAGUGGCUCUCCAAGGAGUUACUACAGAUGCACACACCCUAAAUGUCCAGUCAAGAAGAGAGUAGAGAGAUCAAUGGGAGGUCAAGUUUCAGAGAUUGUGUAUCAAGGUGAGCAUAAUCACUUUAAACCCUCUUGUCCUCCUCUUCCACCGCGGGCUUCUUCUUCAUCCCCUUUAGGGUUUCAGAAGCCACCAAAUGGGUUGGUUUCUGAAGGAUCAUUGGGCAAAAACCCUAGUAACUUUUCUUGUCAACCUCUUUGGAGCACUCAAGAGAAGAUGAAUGAAGGGUGUGUCCUAAUAACACCAUUCGAGUUCGCUGUUCCAAGAUCGGUGAGUUCAACUGGUGGAACUUCGGAUUCCGGUUGCAGAAGUAGCCAGUGUGAUGAAGGAGAGCUUGAUGAUCCAAGCAGAAGCAAGAAAAGCAAGAAGAACGAUAAGCAAUCAAGUGAAGCUGGAGUAUCGCAAAGCUCAGGGGAAUCAGACAGUCUCGAAGAUGGAUUCAAGUGGAGAAAGUACGGACAGAAAGCGGUUGGAGGCAACGCGUAUCCGAGAAGUUAUUACAGGUGCACGAGUGUGAAUUGUGGAGCAAGGAAACGCGUGGAGCGAGCGAGUGACGAUCCGAGAGCUUUCAUUACAACAUACGAAGGUAGACACAAUCAUCACCAUUUGCAACUGAGUCCUCCAAGUUCGUCUACUCUUCCCACAACAUUCUAAUCAAAAGCCAUUUGAUGAUGAUGAUCCACUUGUCUUCUUCAACCUUCAUUGCAAAGUUAACUUCCAUUAUCUUUCAUUUAUUUUCUUUUACAUCAAUGUUACAAGGACAACAAAGACAUUAAUAACAUCUGUCAUGUACCAAACAAAAACAAAAGCCAUAUAUAGACUUAUUUUGUUUA